GUUCCAAAUCAACUUUAAUGCAAGCAGUCUCACAUCGUAAUCAUCAUCAACAGGAUUAAAGGAGACAUAUUAUUCUUGAUUCCGAGUUUUAACUUGCUACAGUACUAUACACUAUAUUUUCCAUUCAACAGACACAGCAAGAUAUACAUUUAGUCCCGUAUUUGCUACAAAUGCAGCUGCAAGAAUCGACAGAGAUGAAGACUAGAAGCUGACUUUUUUGUAUUUUUCAUUGACACCGGCAUCAGAAACAAUUUGUUAUACAUAAGAUUUUUUACCUUGGUGUUGUUUGAUGUUUUUUAUCCCUCAUUCAUUGGAAACUAAAGGUUGUAUCAUACCGUCAACAUUUUUGAAACCGCAAGUUCUGUGUAAAUUAUAUCAACACUCCAGUGAGCGUUGGAUGCCUAAGGAUCACAAUGGCUGUGGCCAACACCACCAAAACGUCAUGGAAAUUACAGGAGAUUGUGGCCCACUCCAGUAAUGUGUCUUGUCUGGCCCUGGGGAAAAGCUCAGGCCGUCUGCUGGCCACGGGUGGUGAGGAUUGCCGAGUCAACAUCUGGGCUGUCAGCAAACCCAACUGCAUCAUGAGUCUGACUGGCCAUAAUAACCCGGUAAGUUGUGUACAGUUUAAUAACUCUGAAGAACAGGUGGUGGCUGGCUCUCAGUCUGGAUCGCUGCGCGUAUGGGAUCUGGAGGCUGCAAAGAUCCUGAGAACUCUAAUGGGCCACAAAGCCAACAUCUGCAGCCUGGAUUUCCACCCGUUCGGGGAGUACCUGGCAUCUGGCUCCAUGGACACCAACAUCAAGCUCUGGGAUGUACGGAGAAAGGGCUGCGUGUUCAGGUACAAGGGUCACACUCAGGCAGUGAGGUGUCUAGCCUUCAGUCCAGAUGGGAAAUGGUUGGCCUCCGCUAGUGAUGACAGCACCAUCAAGCUUUGGGACCUGACUGCAGGGAAGAUGAUCACAGAAUUCACAGCACACACUGGAGCUGUUAACAUAAUGCAGUUCCAUCCCAACGAGUAUCUGCUAGCAUCAGGCAGCUCUGACAGGACCAUAAAACUGUGGGAUCUGGAGAAGUUCAAGAUGAUUGGCUCUUCAGAAGGAGAAACGGGGCCUGUCAGGUGUCUGGCCUUUAACCUGGAUGGCUGCUGCCUAUACAGUGGUGCUGUGGACUCUCUGCGGGUGUAUGGCUGGGAACCUGAUCGCUGUUUUGACCUGGUGCCAGUGGGUUGGGGCAAGGUGGCUGACCUGGCUGUCUGCAACCAUCAAUUGAUUGGCGUGUCAUACAACCUGACUAAUGUUUCUUCCUACGUGGUGGAUCUGAUGCGGGUCAAGAAGUCCGGCUCUGUCAUCCAAGGCAUGAUCCAGGAUGACCAGCCACUCCCAGAGCCCUCCCUGAAAGGAUCCACGUUACGACGUAACUAUGACCGGCCUCUCACCACCUGCAACGCACAGAGGGUAAAGCAGAGCUCAGUUUCGGAACGACGCAGUCCUGAGGGGGAGAGGAGGAGUCCCAGUAGCGAGGACGAGAAAGAUGAGAAGGAGUCUUCUGCUGAGAUCCGUAACCCUGAGGACUACAAAGAAAUCUUCCAGCCAAAGAGCUCUAUCUCUCGCACCCCUCCAAAGAGUGAGCCCUUCCCUGCCCCACUAGAAGACGAGAGUUUUGUUGUGAGGGCUAACCAAGGCCUGGCAGAGCUCAUGACUCCUCUACCUGACAGACAACAGCCUAGCUUGUUGAAGAACCCUCCCGUGGCCUCCUCCACUCCUGUCCUCAGGGUGGAACCUACAGUGGUUGCCACAGCACCCCGUCCCAUUUCUGUGGUAACAACACGAUCUCAAAUCUCCAAUCACACACCUGCACCCUGCCCAGACCCCCCACAACCUGUUGCUAUUGCAAAGGCAAAAACCCAGACCAGCAUCAUCUUCUCCACCAGGAAUGAACCAAUAGGACUCAACGUAGGAGAUUUCCUGCCUCCUGCUCGUAACAACCGUCCCAGUGUUCUGAGUGAUGACGAAGCUUUGGCCCAGAUCAGAAAGGGCCACGACACCAUGUGUGUGAUGCUUACCAGCCGACACAAGAACUUGGACACCAUCCGAUCUGUGUGGGGCAGUGGGGAUGUCAAGACCUCUUUGGACUCGGCCGUGUCGAUGAAGGACCUCUCUAUCGUUGUGGAUAUUCUCAACAUCAUUAAUCUCAAAGCGUCGCUGUGGAAACUAGACCUGUGCACCUCAAUCCUGCCUCAGAUCGAAGAACUGCUGCAAAGCAAGUAUGAGAGUUACGUGCAAACAGGCUGUACAUCUCUUAAACUGAUCCUGAAACGCUUCUGGCCUCUCAUCUCUGACACACUGACAGCGCCCCCUUCUGUCGGAGUGGAUAUAACACGGGAGGAGCGCCACCAGAAGUGCAAGGCAUGUUUCAAGCAGCUGAAGAACCUCAGCAAUGUGGUGAAGAACAAGGCCGACAAGGUGGGUCGCCAUGGUAGCACCUUUAAAGAGCUACAAUUGCUCAUGGCCCCACUGGACUACUAAGCACUGUCUAUGCAGAGAGACACCCAGAUCCAAGAUGCCAGUCCAAAGACCUAACAUCGGGGACAGCUGUGCCGUGAAGAUUCGUGCCUGACUAAUUGAUUGUUAAUGGCUGCGUCACAUGAUAGUAAAUCAGGAGACAACACAGCUUGUGGGUGGACCAAUGCAGUAGACAGAAGGCUGAGUCUGUGGACACUGCAUCCAGAUAUGGCACCACUACUGAAGGAUUCCAUGUUAGACCUCACUGCUGUGUUCUCAGGGUAUGGGGUGUAACGCUGAUUUUAAAAACAAUCACUAUUGGUUCCGUUUCAGGCUUUGGGGUUCUGAGAGUAUGUAUUUGUCAAUAUAUGUUUGUUUCAAGUGAGAAAUUCACACCCACCUUAACUUUCAUCCACCCAAUAGAUUAGCACACACGUUUUUCAAAAAUUCCACCACACUCUUGCACAUAUCUGAUUGGACCAGCUUCGAGUCAGUUUGCUGGUUUUAGACAUUGCAGUUAUUAAGGAAAUGUUCCCAGUUAGUGGCACAAUGCAUGGGCUUAUUCGGAUAAUCCCUGAAAGGUUUGAUGCCUAAAGGCUGUGAUUGGCCUGAAUCCUGGUCUAAGGUAGUAUGUGUUCAUGUGAUUGAAGCGCUGGGUUUAAUAUAUGUUGUGAUUUCUCUUGAAAUGUUCUGUCUUUUUCUGUACUGGAGAAGUUGCCCCUAGAUCCACUCUUGUGUUAAGUAUUGUUAACACUAAAAGAACAUGCUUUUUCAAAUAAACACUUUAAAAUGCAGAGUCUGUUGUUUAAGGCUUGCUUCAGGAAUCAAGCUGUGGGUGAUUUAUGGAAUUAAAAGGAACAUGUCUUGUUA